UCACACUGAUCACCACUGAUGCCACUUGAUUCCACUUGAUUCCACUUGAUGCCACUGAUUGCCACUGAUUGCCAAGCACAUGUACAUUCCAUCAAGCAUCCUUCGGCUUGGCUUUAUUUUCAACUGUUUUCAACGCUCUUCAACGCCACGUGAAAAUACAUUGAUCUAAUAAAUUUAUAAUUACAAAAAAUUUAUAAAAUCAUAGUCAAAGAUCAAGGCUAGAAGAUUUUUCUUCUAUUUUGUUCCAUUUCCUACAACGUAAGAUUUCUCUAUUACGUAAUAACAUCACAACUAUUAAAUUAAUACAACAUUAAACAAGUCAUUUACUAGUGGACAGACCACUUUAUUUUCAAUUAUCCAGGAUAAUAAUUGUGUGAAUGUUUUUACAUUUGUGUUGAUGUAUUGUCGAGUUUAUACUCGUAAUAAAGAUAACAAUGACGUCAGAUGAAGAAUCAGUGGCAAUGUUUAACAAAAGGAAUCAACAAUCCACAUCAUCAGGCAAUAAAUUUCAACGUCAAAACAAUGUAAAUUAUGAAGAAAAAUCUCAUGGCUGGACAUUGUUUUUGGUUCUUGCUGCAGCAACAUGUGGUAUUGGAUCUGCAAUUCCAGCUGGAAUGAAUAUUGCAGUAAUCAAUAAUUCAGCAAAGUUAUUAAAAAACUUUUGCAAUGAAAGUAUCAAAAAAGAAUACAACAUUGAUUUAACUGAUAGACAAUUGACAUUUGUUUGGUCAUGUGUUGUAUCAAUAUUCUUAGCUGGUGGUGUUACUGGAUCACUUAUAACAAGUUGGAUUGCUGAUAAAUAUGGAAGAAAAGGUGCAUUAGCAAUUGGUAAUAUUUUUGGUAUUAUUGGUGGAGUUUUAUUCUUCUUUGUGCCAUUUUUUGAUUCAGUUAUUUUACUUAUGGCUGGAAGAUUAAUAGUUGGAUUGUCAAGUGGUAUUACAACAUCAAUUUUACCAAUGUAUAUGGCUGAAGUAUCACCAAUUUCUCAACGUGGAGCAGCUGGUGUUAUAUGUCAACUUGGAAUAACAACUGGUGUUUUUAUUGGACAAGUUAUAAGUAUUGAUUCAAUUCUUGGUACAAAUAAUUUAUGGCACAUUAUGUUAGCUGCAUUUGUUCCACUUUGUUUUUUGUCAUUUCCAAUGUUAUAUAUAUUACCUGAAAGUCCAAAGUAUCUUUAUAUUAUGAAAAAUAAAAAAGACGAAGCCAUUAAAGAAUUAUGUCGUCUACGAAAUGUUCAAGAUAGUUCAUUAAUUGAUGAUGAAAUUUAUGCACUUGAAGAAGAAGCUGCAAUACAUACAACAAUGGAUGUAUGGACAGUUGGUCGUGUAUUAAAAGAUUCAACUGUUAGAUUACCAUUAUUAUUAGUAUUGGCAAUGCAAUUUGGUCAACAAUUAAGUGGUAUUAAUUCAGUUUUUUUUUAUUCAAAUGUUAUAUUUAAAAAAGCUCAAUUAUCAGAUACUAUUGCAUCAUAUGGUACACUUGGAACUGGUGUUAUUAAUAUUGGUAUAUCUAUUGCAUCUGUUUAUUUGAUGUCAAAUUUUGGAAGAAGAACAUUAUUUUUAUGUUCAUGUUAUGUUAGUGCUGCUAGUCUUGUUGCAUUAUGUAUUGGAAUAAAAUUAAUUAGUUCAGCAAGUUUUAUGUCAUGGAUAUGUAUGAUUGCUGUACUUAAUUAUGUAUUAUUUUAUGGUGUUGGUCUUGGACCAAUACCAUUUUUCAUUGGAUCAGAAAUAUUUGAAGUUGCACCAAGACCAGCUGCAAUGGCACUUGGUAGUGUUAGUAAUUGGGGAGGAAAUUUAAUGGUUGGAUUAUUAUUUCCAUCUCUUGAAGAUAUACUUGGACCAUUUACAUUUUUAAUUUUUGUUGCUUUUAUGUUACUUGUUGCAACAUUUGUCAGAUUAUAUCUUCCAGAGACCAGAGGAAAAAAUACAACUGAUGUUACAUCAAAACUAACACAUGGUUUUAAAUCAUCACGUCAAGUUGGUUAAAUUUUUUUUACCUAAUUUUGUAUUAAUUAUCAUUAAAUAUCCAUGACUGUACUCGUUAAAUUUAUAUAUAAUCUGUUGGCAAAAAUUUAUUUUUAUAAUUAUAAAAAAAUCAAAUUAAUAAUUUGCUCAACUUCAUUAUACUGCUAUUUUUUUUACAACCAUGGUGCUAAUUCAAUAGUUAUUUAAGAAAUAAUAAUUUUUGUAAAAAAAUUUAAUAAAUACAUUUCCAAGAAUAAUA